AUGGGUAGAAGAAAUUUAUGGGCAUUGAUAUAUGUAACAGUGAUGAUGAUGCUAAUUGAGGUGGAAUCAAGUCUUCACAGAGUAGGCGGCGGAAAAUACAGUUGGAACUCCGACGUUAACUUCUCCGAUUGGUCCAACCACGAACGUUUCUACUCCGGCGACUGGCUUUUUUUCGGGUUCGAUCGGACCCGUCACAGCAUCCUCCAAGUAAACAAGAGUAGCUACGAGCAAUGCAUCGAUACCGAUUUCAUAUUCAACGUGACCCGAGGAGGACGAGACGUGUUCCAACUACUUGAACCAAAGCCUUACUACUUCAUUUGCGGUAGAGGUUAUUGCCUCAAAGGAAUGAAGGUCGCCGUUACCGUCCUUCCCCAACCCCUACCUUCAACUCCAAUCACUCCUGUCUCAACCGCCUCCACCACUCUCAUAUCCUCAAGUGCUUUUACCAUCGCCACUCUCUCCUUGGCCUUUAACGCUUUCUUACUUUGA